UUCUCUCCCUUCAUUUCUCUCUCAGGGAACACUCCUCUGUUUCUUUCACUUAUAAACGACUGGAACUCGAACUAACCCAUCUUCACAUGGCUACCUCUGUCCACAAUCGUCAGUUUCCCCAUUUGGAUUCCGCCAUUCGUGGCUGUAAUUUUCCCUCCAAUCCGGAGUUCUCCGUACCCAAGAAGACGGCGGCAAUGGAGAACGCCGGCGAUGAUGACUUCUCCAGUGACGACGACAACGACUCCGAUUUCAGCGACUUGAUUCGAAAAGGGUUGAGCGAAUUGGAGCCGUCGGUUCACGAUCCGAGAGAUUCCGGCACGGCGGACGGUUGGAUUGAGAGAAAUGCGUCCAUGGUUCGUCUUACGGGUAAACAUCCUUUCAAUUCGGAGCCGCCGUUGCCCCGUUUGAUGCACCAUGGGUUCAUCACUCCGGUUCCGCUUCAUUACGUCCGUAACCACGGCCCGGUCCCCAAGGCGAAUUGGAACGAUUGGACCGUCGAGAUUUGCGGUUUAGUGAAAAAACCAACCCGGUUCACUAUGGACCAACUCGUUAACGAUUUCCGUAGCCGGGAAUUUCCCGUCACACUCGUCUGCGCCGGUAACCGCCGGAAGGAGCAGAAUAUGGUUAAGAAAACCAUCGGAUUCAACUGGGGCGGCGGCGGGAUCUCCACGUCGGUCUGGCGAGGGGUCCCACUCCGAGACGUGUUAAAGCACUGUGGAAUCUUCAGCAGUAAGAAAGGGGCCCUCAAUGUCUGCUUUGAAGGAGCAGAGUGUUUGCCCGGCGGCGGUGGGUCCAAGUACGGCACUAGCCUGAGAAAGGAAGUAGCCAUGGACCCAGGUAGAGAUAUAAUGCUAGCGUAUAUGCAAAACGGCGAUCUGUUAGCACCGGACCACGGAUUUCCAGUUCGGGUCAUCACGCCGGGAUUCAUCGGCGGCCGGAUGGUGAAAUGGCUAAAACGCAUUAUCGUAACCACAAAAGAAUCAGAUAGCUAUUACCAUUACAGAGAUAACAAAGUCCUCCCCUCCCAUGUCGAUGCAGAAUUGACAAACGCCGAAGCUUGGUGGUACAAACCGGAGUGUAUUAUCAGCGAACUGAACAUAAACUCUGUUAUAACCACACCAUGCCACGAGGAAAUCCUGCCGAUAAACUCAUGGACUACACAACGGCCGUAUACGUUAAGAGGAUAUGCAUAUUCCGGAGGGGGGAAGAAAGUGACACGAGUGGAGGUGACUCUCGACGGCGGAGAAACAUGGCAUCUCUCCGAUUUGAACAGCCCAGAGAAGGCUACAAAAUACGGGAAGUAUUGGUGUUGGUGUUUCUGGUCGCUGGAGGUGGAGGUUCUUGACCUGCUUGCGGCCAAGGAAAUUGCAGUCCGCGCCUGGGAUGAGGCCUUCAACACUCAGCCGGAGAAGCUCAUAUGGAAUCUCAUGGGAAUGAUGAACAAUUGCUGGUUUCGAGUCAAAACCAAUAUGUGCAAGCCGCACAAGGGAGAGAUCGGAAUCGUUUUCGAACACCCAACUUUGCCGGGAAACCAGUCCGGCGGAUGGAUGGCUAAAGAGAGACACCUCGAGAUAUCCACCGAAAACAACCAAACCAUGAAGAAGAGUAUCUCAUCGCCGUUCAUCAACACCGCGUCAAACAUAUACUCAAUAUCCGAUGUCAAAACCCACAACUCCGACCAAUCCGCUUGGAUCGUCGUCCACGGCCAUGUUUACGACUGCACCCGCUUCCUCAAGGAUCAUCCCGGCGGCACCGACAGCAUUCUCAUCAACGCCGGCACCGACUGCACGGAGGAAUUCGACGCCAUUCACUCCGACAAAGCGAAGAAAAUGCUCGAGGAUUACCGAAUCGGCGAGUUGAUCACAACCGGCUACGCAUCGGAUUCGUCGCCUGACACCUCCGUUCAUGGGACAGUUAAUCAUAAUAUCCCCCAUUUAGCUCCAAUCACGGAGACGCGACGCGUGGCUCUAAUCCCGCGUGAGAAAAUCCCUUGCAAAUUGAUUUCCAAAACGGCAAUCUCCCACGACGUCAGACGGUUGAGAUUCGCUCUGCCAUUAGAGGAUCAAGUGCUUGGAUUACCGGUGGGUAAACACGUAUUCCUCUGCGCAAACAUAGACGGCAAGCUAUGCAUGAGAGCCUACACGCCCACCAGCGGCAUCCACCAAGUGGGUUACUUCGAAUUGGUUGUCAAAAUCUACUUCAAAAACGCCCACCCCAAAUUCCCCAACGGCGGGCUCAUGUCGCAGCAUUUGGACUCGCUCCCACUCGGUUCCGAAGUUGAAGUGAAAGGCCCAUUGGGGCACAUCGAAUACACCGGGCGCGGCCACUUUCUAGUCGACGGCAAGCCUAAGAAGGCCAAGAAGCUAGCUAUGUUAGCCGGCGGAACGGGCAUAACGCCGAUAUAUCAAGUGGCGCAGGCGAUUUUGAAGGACCCAGAGGAUGAAACGGAGAUGUUCUUGGUGUAUGCGAACAGAACGGAGAAUGAUAUCUUGAUGAGGGAAGAGCUGGAUAAAUGGAGUAGGACUGACAAGAGGUUCAAUGUGUGGUAUGUGGUGCAAGAGAGUGUACGAGAAGGGUGGGAGUAUAGUGUCGGCGUGGUGUCGGAGAGUAUCAUGAGGGAGCAUCUUCCGGCAGCGUCGGCCGAUUCGCUGGCGUUGGCUUGUGGACCGCCGCCGAUGAUUAAGUUCGCCGUGCAACCCAACUUGGAGAAGAUGAGCUACAACACCGCUGAUUCGUUAUUGGUGUUUUGACUCGGUAAAGCUAAGUGUUAAGUGUGAUUGUGACACUAAACUCAUUUUAAGCUACGUGUUUUAGUGGUAUGAAAAAAGAAAUGCAUAUAAGGUUGAAAAUA